UAUAAAUAAAAUGUGUCAGCGUUUGUCCUACAAAGCAUCAUAGGUCGACUAAGCGUAUAAACUAUGGACUGUAAAGAUUACUUUUUAUUGAGUGAGUUGAAACUUGUUUACUCCAAGCCAAAUGAUUUCAUUAAAUUUCAGUGCGGUUACCACAAGCUAUACAUAGUUUGGCGUAUAUUUUGGGCGUUGUACCAUUUAGUUUGGAUUAUUUUGACUGGAGUUUAUAGUUACCAAUGGGCUGGAGAUGACCCUGCACAACAGGUGAAAUGGUUUAUUUAUUUAACAAACUGGGCAUACUUUGUACUUACCUUUUCUACCACCAUUGGCGCUGUAUGUGUUGUAUACAUAGCUGUCAAAAGAGAUGACAUACUUCAAGGUGCAUGUUCUGAUAUGCCAUGGUAUCUGAAAGUUGAUUGGGUGUUUUUUAACGUUUCAAAUUCAGUCAGUAUUUUAGUAGCUAUGAUGUACUGGGGAUUGAUUUAUUCAAGUUCAAGCACAAUAACAGCAGUAAACAUAGAAACUCACGGAUUAAAUAUGGUGUACGUUUUAGUCAAUUUAUUCCUGACUGGAAUCCCUGUGCGUUUCUAUCAUCUCUUUCAUCCAAUGGUAUUUGGUACAACCUAUAUUGUAUUUUCUAUUAUAUACGAGGUAUCAGGAGGUACCAAUGCUCAGAACAAAUCCUAUAUUUAUUCAACCUUUGACUGGAGCAAUACUGGAUUCACUUCCGGGUUGUCACUGAUAACUGUACUAGUAGCAAUUCCAGUUUGUCAUAUCAUCUUAUUUCUUCUGUACCUUUUAAGAAUUUUUGUGAACAAAAAAUUUUGUUUUCCGACAGAGAUUCAAAACAAAGCUACAUCUGUUGACAAUAAAUCCUUCAGCCCAGAAAAUUACUUGGAACUUAAAGACAAAAAUGAAGUAAAAAUAGAUAUGGAUACCCCAUUGGCGAACAAGAAAUCAUGAGAAUGACUUUACAUAACUAGUUUGCACAUGGUC